AUGAGUGAUCAUAACGGAGCUGCGCCUAGAGCGGGCGAUAAGUUAGCGGAAACUCAACAACAAGUUGAUCAAGUGGUCGACAUUAUGCGAGAUAAUAUCGAGAGCGUUAUGAACAGGGACGAAAAGUUAUCCGAGCUGGACGAUCGCGCUGAUGCCCUGCAGAAUGGAGCAGCACAGUUCCAACAGCAGGCGGGUAAGCUGAAGAAGAAAUACUGGUGGAAAAACAUGAAGAUGAUGAUGAUCAUUGGUGGUAUUGCUGCAAUUAUAAUUAUUAUUAUCAUAAUUUCGCUGACAGCUGGUGGUAAUGGAAAUUAG